CAAUCCAGCAGAUCUGAAUUCUGGGUUGUCACCAAGCGAGCCGAAAACGCUCCGAAUGAGAAAUCUCGUCGACUGAAAUAGCUUUUUUUUACUGUAAGUGGGACAGGUGGAAGUUGCGCGAAUUCAAAUGAGGUGUAUUGUUCCCUCCGUAGCGCCCUGUAAAAUUUGUACGGACUCCGGUCCUUUCUCCACCUCAUUACAGUAGGUUUCGGUAUUCGUUCCGUACCGUGCAAUGGACAACAUCGUACGGUACGUACCCUACGUACGCUGCGUUUUUGGUCUUAGCGCACGUACUCGUAUGUACCAGUACCUACUUCAAGGAGUGUUUCGGUUUUCGAUGUUUCGUGUUCGAUGUUUCAUGUUUCUGUUCAUGUUCGAUGUACAGUUAGCAAGACCAUCGAGGGCAUUCGGACCGAACCGAACCGAACCGAACCGACCGAGACGAAACAAAACAAGCAAAGCAUGGUGUCGCACUGCUUCCAACACAGAGCAAUCGCCGGGAUUGCCCUUCUCCUCCUCGGAAGGCUCUCGGCCUCCUCCGGCCUCGCGACCCCCCGGUCCUUCCCGGCCAAGCUUCCUUCGGACCUAGGCCCUUGGGAGGAAGCGGCCGCGCCCCUUCCAGGGGAGAGCCGGAGGGGCUUCCUCGGGGCGGCCCUGGGGGUCUGCCUCCCGCUGGCCCUCGGAGGCGCCCCGUCCGCCUCCCUCGCCGACGAAUACGGGAGGGAGACCGAGGCCCCGACGCUCGCCACCGGCGAGUCCUUCGAGAUCUGCACGAAGCGGGGCCCCCUGGGGGCCUGCCAGAAGACCGAGGUCCGGACGGCUUCCAACGACAACGACAAGGCCGAGAAGUACUUCCGCCAGCCGACGGAACUCGUCAGGCGCAAGGACACCGAGGCAAGGACCGCGGAAGCGACCGAGGGGAACGUCCUCAUCGAGCGGCUCAAGAAGCAGUCGGAGGAAAACAGCGAGAAGAACGAGCUGCUCGUCUACCAGCGGACCCUGCUCAACGAUUCGGUAAGUAGCUAGCGAUCCAAUAAAAGACAAGGCAAUGCAAUGCACGGUGCAGCGCGGCAAAGCAACGCAGAACCCAACCCAACCGUGCGCUCUGUAUCCGUUCGUGGUGUUCCGACGCCCCGGUUUGCGCUCACCGAGACGCCGCUCUCUCUCGUUAUCUCUCUCUCUCUCUCGAUUCGCUGUGGCGCUUCUUGCUGCCCGGACGACGAUCCAGUCGGCGAGCUUUGGUCCCUUCGACGGCCAGGUGCUGAUCCUGAACGAGGACGGGAGGGGCUUCACGCUCCUCGCCAACCCCCAGGCCAUGCGCCUCAAAAAGGCGGGGCUCAUCGAGAACAACCAGAAGAAGUUCGUCCGGCAGCCCACCAAGGAGGAGCUGGACGCCGCCCUCGCACCGGAGCCAGCGGGCCCGGGCUUUUUGGACCGGUUCCUCGGCGGCGGCCCGUAAGCACGCGACGCAACGCAACACGACACAACACGACGCAACACGACACGACAUUGGAUCGCAUCGCAUCGAACCGCAUCGCAUCGCAUCGAAUCGCAUCGCACCGAACCGAACCAAAGCAUCCCCCGGCACGCACCCACCCACGGAAUCCAUCCGUUCGGUGCGUGGCACCCGGUGCCGGAUGCCUUUCCAGUGCCGCAUAAAUUUUAGGAGUGCUA